ACCAUAUAAGGCCUAAUGCUACUAAUUAGUCACAGUAAGAAAAUAUUGAUGCAGGGAAACACCUACAUAUUUAAACCUGGAUUUAAAUUGGCUCUUUCAAAAUCAGUCGUGCCAAUCAUUAGGAGAAUGUCAGGAGAUUCCAAACUGGUGAAAAUUGGUACACACAAUGGAACGUUUCAUUGCGAUGAAGUCCUGGCCUGCUUCAUGCUCAAACAAUUGACACAGUUCAAGGAUGCAGAGAUUGUUAGAAGUCGAGAUCAGACAGUGCUAGACACUUGUGAUGUUGUUGUUGAUGUUGGUGGUGUUUUUGACCCUGAAAAACACAGAUAUGAUCAUCACCAAAGGAGCUUCAACGAGUCAAUGUCCAGUCUGAGUCCAGGGAAAUCAUGGGUGACCAAGCUGAGUAGUGCAGGCCUCGUGUACCUUCAUUUUGGUCGCCAACUACUCGCCCAGAUCCUCGAGCUAAAAGCCAAGGACCCAGUGACAGAAAUCGUGUUUGACCAGGUGUACGAGGGACUCAUUGAGGAAGUAGAUGCGGUCGACAAUGGCAUCAGUCAGUUCGAUGGGGAACCAAGGUACAAAGUGACAACAACUCUAAGUGGUCAAGUGAAAAAACUGAAUCCUGCUUGGAAUGAGAGUGAUAUAGAUGAACAGGUUCAGUUUGGGAAGGCAAUGGAGGUGGUUGGGAAGGUGUUCCUGGACCGCGUGCUCUACUACAAGAACUCCUGGCUGCCAGCGAGGGGGCUGGUGGAGGAAGCUCUCCUAGCAAGGACAAGGGUGGAUGAAAGUGGAGAAAUUCUGUGUCUGUCGCAGGGUGGGUGUCCGUGGAAGGAGCACCUGUUCACACUUGAGAAGGAGCACAACAUAUUGUGUCCCAUCAAGUACGUGCUCUACACUGACACCGCCGGCAAGUGGAGAGUACAGUGUGUCUCAGUAAGACCAGACAGCUUUGAGAACAGACUGUCUCUACCCGCUGAAUGGAGAGGACUACGCGACCAGGAGCUAACAGAGAAGUCUGGCAUACCAGGCUGCAUAUUUGUGCAUGCCAGUGGCUUCAUAGGGGGCAACCAGACCUAUGAGGGGGUGCUUGCUAUGGCUCGAUACAGUCAGAAGCUAGGAGCAGCUGAUGAAAAAUGACUUGUGGCAUCUUGAAAUUUGAAUGUAGGCUGGAUUUAAGGCUGUGCUUGAAUGUUGAUUGCAUAACAAUAUCUUUCAACCACUUGAUAACGCAUUGACUGGCUAUAGUACAUGUUCUGAAUAUUAAGUGUUUUGUAAACAUUGUGAUAAUUACAGAAUGACGUAUGAACAUGGUAAGGCUUUCUAUUCUAUUGUGCAAUGACAGAUCUGAUGUGCAGUGUUUGACGUCUAUUGUCUGAUAAUGAAUCCUUGAAUCUUUUUGCUACAGACAUGUGAUGAGCUAAAAAAAUGCCAAAUGUGCUGUGUAGAAUAAUUGUAUUUCUUCUGUUUUUUAUUUGCUCAAUAAACCACUGUCUGAAUCAA